AUGCUCUGAAGAAUUGACAAAAAUGGUGACGGUUUGUUGUAGUUGUCUGGUGUUAUUAAAAUGAAUGGAUUGAAUUAAGUGUUUAAAAUGGUUGAUAGAAACGAAAAAUUUCUUAGUGAGCUAUUAAAAUAUCCUGGAAACAAUGUCUGCGUCGAUUGUGGUGCUAGAAAUCCAGAAUGGGCAUCUUACAACAUCGGCAUCUUCAUCUGUACAAGGUGUUCAGGGGUCCACAGAAGUAUGGGAGUACACAUCAGCAAGGUCAAACAUCUGAAGCUGGACAGAUGGGAGGAUUCUCAGGUGGAAAGAAUGACAGAAGUGGGAAACACCAAAGCUAAGUUAAAAUAUGAAGAAAGAGUACCUCCAUGUUAUAGGCGGCCCAAAGAGGAUGAUCCACAGGUAUUGAUUGAACAAUGGAUCAGAGCAAAAUAUCAAAGAGAAGAAUUCUGUCACCCUGAAAGGCAGGUUUACACUAGUGGUAACAUGCAGGGUUUCCUUAUGAAAAGGGGUAAAGAGGACAGCAAAUACCAACCCAGGAAAUUUGUGUUGUCUGAGGCUGAUGAUACUCUGAAAUAUUUCGUUAGGGAAAACAAAGAACCUAAGGCCAUACUUCGGAUAUCGGAAUUAAAUGUGGUGUUUGCUCCUGAGAAAAUAGGCUAUCCAAACUCUAUGCAGCUGACCUUCUUGAAGGAGGGUACUACUCGGCACAUAUAUCUCUACCAUGAUGAUGCAGAAGUAAUAUCAAAUUGGUACAUGGCUGUCAGGUGUGCUAAGCUUCACAGAUUGCAAGUAGCCUAUCCUUCAGCCAGUGAGUGCGAUCUGGUGAACUACCUUACUGAAGAUUUUGCCAAAGAGGGCUGGUUGUGGAAAACUGGCCCAAGGACCUCAGAUGGAUUCAAAAAGAGGUGGUUCACACUUGAUAACAGGAAGUUGAUGUACCAUGAUGAACCUAUGGAUGCCUAUCCCAAAGGAGAAAUAUUUUUAGGGCACACUCUAGAUGGCUAUGGCAUUAGAAUAGGAGUUUCUCAUGGAGUUAAGGACCAAGGCUUUAGCUUUUCUCUAACAACUCCAGAUCGGGUCUAUAAUCUUUCUGCGAGUACAGAACAUGAUAGAGACCACUGGAUUGAGGUCAUCCAAAGAGUGCUGGAAAGACCAUUAACACCUCAAGACUCUGCAAUUUCCGGGCGGCUAAUAAGGAAGAGAGCAAACACUAACUCGAUCAACAUAUUUUCCCAAAGGUAGUUAAGAUUAAAAAACGAACAAUUGAUGUUUCUAUCGACCUAGUCUUCUAGUUAUACUUAUCGAUAACCGCGUAUAUCAAGUAAUAUACAACCAUCUCCUAAAUACUCAUAAUAGAAGUAACCCUAUUCUUAAUUUUUAAGAAAGGUUUUUAUUAUUUAUCCUUAAAGCAACUUUACAUUCUGCAUUUUUUUGGAGCAAUACAUAGUGCUUCCUUUUACUGUAGUUUACAUUGAUAUAAUGUAAGGCAAGAAAAUAGAAACGAGAAUGAUAGUUGACUGAUUAGUAUGUAUCAUUUCAUGUAUUUCCAUUUUCUCUAAACAAAAUAUGUAAUUUGGAUGUAGAAGCUAAAAAUUUAGGUUAAGCACCUUAUUCAAUGUGCUGUAAUGUAAAAUGGCUUUAAGUAAUUUUUUUGAAGAAUAUACCCUGAUAAAAUUGUUAAUUUAAAAUCUUACACGAAACUUAUAGAUUUCUUGGCCUUUUUAAGAUAGAUAGUUUGUUAUGUCUAAAGAAAUAUAAAACAUAAACAAAGAUAAAAGACAGAUAAAAAUCAUAACAGAUUAAAAUUGGGAGAAAAAUACUCCUCGAAUGAAAAAAAAAAUCACUAAAAGGUAUCUAGACUAAGCAUCAAAAUUAACGCACCACCUUAAAAAUGGGACAUUUUUAAUGUCUGGUAUUUUAUAAACUGUUGUCCGAUUUGAUUGAUUUUUUUAGUAUAUUAUAGCUUUAUUCUUCAGGAAUAUCAAUGUAAUAAUAUUAUUGCUAAAGAGGUAAGUGUCAUUGUAUACCGGGUGUAACAAUGAUAGUGUGUUUUUUCCUCAAAGUUUGGAACACUCUGUGGAUUAUUGUAGCGUAUAUAAAAUAUUGAAAUUAAAACUCAACUGUAGCCUUAGGCUUUCUUAACAUUUUGAUUUUUGUUUCAUUCGCUUAUGUUGGAUAAUAAAAAAGUUAGGUACUUUAACAACUAACCAUGUUAUUCAUCAAUACAGGGUGUUUCUAAAUAAAUGCGACACACUUUAAGGGGUAAUUCUGCAUGAAAACCUAAUGGCCUUUUGCUUAAUAAACAUAUGUCCACAAAUAUACCGUAUAUCCACCGAUAUACGGGAUGUUGAAUUUUUUCUUACAAACGAACGAUUUAUUUAUUGCUCUAAAAGCGGUUGAGAUAUGCAAAUGAAAUUUGGUAGGUUUUAAGGGGUAGUUAUUGCUCAAUUUUUGACAUGAAAUUAAGAAUUUUAUAUUCACCAUUGGCGUGCAUACGGGUAUAAACAUUUUAGAUACAUCCCGUAUGCACGCCAAUGGCGAGUAUAAAAUUCUUAGUUGUAUGUCAAAAAAUACGCAAUAACCUACCUCUUAAAACCUACUAAAUUUCAUUUGCAUAUCUCAACCGCUUUUAGAGCAAUAAAUAAAUCGUCAGUUUGUAAGAAAACAAUCAACAUCCCGUAUCUCGGAAACGAAGCAUUUGUGGACAUAUGUUUAUUAAGCAAACGGCCAUUAUUUGUUCAUGCAUUACGGCCAUUACCCCUUAAAAUGUGUCGCACUUAUUUAGAAUCACUAUUGAUGAAUAACAUGGUUAGUUAUUAAAGUACCUAACUUUUUAUUAUCCCACAUAAGCGAAUGAAUCAAAAAGAAAAAUAUUAAGAAAGCCUAGAGCUACAGUUAAGUUUUCAUUUCAAUAUUUUAUAUAUGCUAGAAUAUUCUAUGGUUAUGCCCGGUAUACAAUGAUACUUACCUGUUUAGCAAUAUUAUUACAUCGAUAUUCUUGAAGAGUAAAGCUAUAUUAUACUAAAAAAAUCACUAAAAUCGGACAACGGGUUUAGGAAGUACGAGACAUCAAAAAUGUCUCAUUUUUAAGGUGGUGCGUUAAUUUUAAUGCUUAGUGUAUUAAUUUUUGCUUUAAAUUGAUAAAAGUUAAGAGCUUUUAUUCUAGCUGGCAGGUACUAUGUUAUAAAACUUAUUGGCUAAAUACCUUGAACUAUUUCUGGAUCUCUAAAGGCGGCCAAAUUCUGGUAUAAGUUUACUGUUGUUUCUAGUGGGAUAACUAGUGAGUUGGCUAAGAUUUUGUUUAAUGUGCAACAGACACUUCAUAAUAUAGACAAGGUAAAGUUAAGAUUUUAAAAGCUCUAAAGGAGUUUCUGCAGUCUGCUCUAUAACCGAGCCCAGAGAUAAUACAAACACUUUCUUUGUAGUCCAAACACUUUAUCAAUAUGACAAGAGUGACCCCAGGAAAAAACAGCAUAAGUUAGAUAAGCAUGGAAGUUACUGUGAUAAGCCAUAGUUUCCCUGAAAGUCACUUGUACAAGUUUCUUGAGAAGGAAAAAUUGUGGGGUUUUUUUUUCGAUAAAUUAACUAUGUAUAUGUUGUUUCCAGACAGUGGCUAGCUAGCCCCGCUGGGGCCCCAUAUCAAAGUUUGUCGCGGAACUCUUUUCCACUACUGAUAUGGAAUGGUGCUAAAAAAUGUUCAAUAAAAGAAGCAAAAACGCUUGUAUAGAAUAGAAUGGGAAUAUGCUUUGUUGUCACAGAAAAUUUUACAAUUUUAUGGACAAAGCUUACAAAGAGUCGAAAAAAAAAACAAUAACAAAUACAGUUUACUGAAAUUACAUAAAUCGUCAAUAUUAUUACAAAAUAAAAGAUAAUAAAAUAAAACAAAACAAUCUAUUGCAAAAUUUAAAUAAAUUGCAAAUUACAUAAUACAACCUUAGGUAAUAAGUUUUGCAUAUAACAUCCAAAUAUAGAUAAUAAUAAUAAAUCUAGUAAACUCUACGAAAAAUAGAUUUGAAUUGUUGAGACUCAUUGUUUGAAAACAGAUUCAGUUUUUUCAAACCAAGGAUGAAUGGACAUUGAAAAUGAGCUUACACACAGAAGCUCUGUUCUUAUGGUAUAACGGCGAGCGGACGGCAAGUAGAUAUACCUAAAUACAAUUUAUAGAUAAAGAACAGAUUACACGAAAAUAUACCCAAACAAUACACACUGUUACAAAUAUUCAAAGGUAAAGCGAUUACAAAAAUUGCAAUUUGGCAUUAUACAUUAUACAAUGUCGCACACACAGCCAACGGUGAAUGUACAAUGAAAGGUAGCUUGAAAACAAAAAAAAGCUCUGUUGUUAUGGAAUAACGGCGAGCGGCAGAGAAUAUAAAAUAGAUAAAUAUAAUUUAUAGAUAGAUAAAGAAUCCGUUACACGAAAAUGUCGAUAACCAAACAAUAUACACUGUGUUAAUAGUGAAAUAAUUGUUCAAUUUUUUAAAAUGGAAUUUUAUAUCGACAUGCCACGUUGGGGCCGCUGAAUGUCGGGGGCCCCGUAUAAUUGAUACGGCGGUAGCUACGCCUCUGUUUCCAGAUUAAUCCUGCAUCCAAAUGUACCCCUAGAAACUUCGCCUCAGUUGCACAUUAUGGUAGAGCAAUGUGUCCAAUACCAGUGUUAUUUCUUAAAUUGAAAUUAACAGUUUGUGAUUUAGAUUUGUUCAAAGAGAGGCGGUUAGUUAAAAACCAAUUGAAUAAGUUUUUUCACAUGUUUGGCAAUCAAGAGUGUCAAAUGUCAAAUUCAGAAAUAUUCAGAUAGCUUACAUAGGAAGUAGUGUCAUCAGAAAAUAAAACAAUGUUAACUGCUUCAUUAAGAAUGAUAUGGCACGUAAAAAGCCUCUAUCAAAUACUUAUAGGAAAGAAGAACCUAUUGGUGGAGAUGAUGGCCAAAGGUUAUAUUUUCAAAACAGUCAUAGUGAAACAUUAACAGAUUCCAGUGGCGACGCGUUACCAAAGUGUUACCAAAACCAGAUACAAAAAAUCUUAUUUAAAAAAAUGAAGAUAUGGCUUCAAUAAUAAUCAUUUUGUAUAUCACUUGAUCGCUCGAAAAAACAGUUGAUGUUUCUAGAUGUUGGCAAAAUUUUUGGUCUUUUUUGGAAAUUAAUGUUAACAAUUCCCUGUAAUUGCCUCGAUUGUCAGAGUCGUCGCCCUCAAAAUGACCACAAAACGCUAAUUCUUGUUUGGCUAAAAAACAUACGAUAUCUGUUAUAAGUGUGCUAAGGAUAUACCUAUCUAUUUUUUUGUUAACAAACUCAUUAUGUUUAGCAAUAUUUGCUUUAAAAGCUUGGUUAAGAGAACUUUCGAUUCUUGUUUUGCCAAACUGAAUCAAAUUGGGUAUACAUCUUACAUGUAGGUAAGGGAGAAAUUUCAUGUCUCCUUUCUAAAAUUCUAAAACUAUUUAAAUCGUGAACCUGGUCCACCCAUUUUUUCUGUAGAAACCAGAAGACAUGGCCAACAAUACAGUCUAUUUUUCUUGCAACCACAUAACCAAGGAUUUUCACUGUACCAACUAAAUUUAAAAUAUCGAACUACUUUUUUUGAUUCUUUUUUUAAAUUGUUUAAAAUAGGUCUUUCAUUUUAUAAAGUGCAACUGAGUCACAUAAACUCGCCAAUAUUUUCGUAUGUCUACGAGUAGUUGGCUAUUUACUGAAUUAGGUACUAAUAACACAUAAUAUAAUAAUAUAUUUCUAUUGGUAAAAAUAUAGGUAAAUGGAAUUAUUCACCGUCAUAAAAUAUUUAUUUGCAAGAUUUUUAACUGUUACCAAUGGUAACAGUGGUUACAUGGACGCUUCGCCAGUGACAGAUUCAUAGAAUUAUAUUGGAAAUAACCAAAAGAAACAACAGUAAAUAAUAACUGAGAUUUUGAGCCAAUUAUUCUUAUUUACCUUCACUACAAAUCUUGGCAUUCUUCGUCUUGAAUCUGUCAGUCAGUCUUAAAAAGGUCUAAAUAUUUCUAUAAUAGUGUUUAUGGAAUAAUAUCUCUUUGAACAGUGAAUUGAAUAUUUUGUGUAUAAAAUAAUCAUCAUGAAUUUCGAGAUUUACCUGUAAUAUUACACAAAAAUGUUCCUAAUUUUUGUUUAAAGACAGAAUAAAUAAUAGUAUAUGUAGACUUGUGACAUAGUGACAGAUGGGUUGGAAAAAGAGUAUGGAUGAAUAGAGAAACUUAAUUAUGAUGCGAGUGUGAGUGAUACCACAUGAGCCGCGUAGCAGCGGAUGUCGUAUAGAAUACGAGCGUCAUAAUGGCAAUUUAAUUCGAGUUGUAUACAUGAUUUUUUCUACGAUCAUUCACAACAACAAAAAUAUAUUCAAAGUUAUUUAUUUUAUAACACCAACAAAUUAAUUAGUUAUCUGUUUAGAUUAAUUAUUUUGUUUUACAAAUUGUUGUACAAUUUUAUUGCGCUGGUUGAUGAGGUUCCUGUCAUCGAUGGUGUGACAUGAAUUUUUUUAUUAAAUAGGUUGUAUUCGAUGGAAUUUAAAAUUUGGUUUAUUCUAUGUUGAUUUUGUUUCGAAAGGAUUCCCAAUAUACUUUUCUGUCACUGAUGUGGAUUUUCAUCCGCCGUGAUGUUUAGUAAAGCAAUGUCCAGUACAUGGUGUUGGAUUAGGUAGAUUUAAAAAUUUGGCUAUUCCUUUUACCAGAUUACCAUUGAUUCCAAUAUUUUGAACUGUUCUUUUUCCAUUGUAAUAAUUCGUGAAAAACUUUUACAUCAUAUAAUUUUGUGGCCGAAGAUUUAUACAGGGUGUUAGUAAAUACGUAUGAAAAACUUUAAGGGGUAAUUCUACAUGAAAAAAUAAUAAUUUUUUUUUUAAUUUCGAAUUUUUUAUUGCUCUAAGACCUUAUAAGCUAUGAAAAUUAAAUUUGGUUGGUUUCAAGAGGUAGUUAUUGCGCAUUUUUUGGCAAACAAAUAACAAUUUUAUACUCAUCAUUGGCGCGCCUACGGGUAAUGGUCUGAAUUUUUUUAAAGAAAAAAUAGUACGCCACAGAUAUUUC